AUGGAAGAAGAUCAUUACCAUCAAGUAGAAGAUGAAGAAGAAGAUAUCAAGCCAAGCCAAGAGGGCAACAAGACAGACGAAGACACAUCUUCACCAAGACUAUUCCCCUGCCUAUUUUGUUCUCGAAAGUUCCAUAGCUCCCAGGCCUUAGGAGGCCACCAGAAUGCUCACAAGAAGGAGAGAACCGCUGCAAGAAGAGCCAAAAGAGCCUACGAUUUCGUCAACAGCAAUGACUUGCUUCACACGUUACCUGUUUUCUUAUCCUCUCCCUCUCCACACCACCUGACCAUCUUAAGCUACCCUUCUUCUUCUUCCUCCGUUGGCUACCUUCCAGCCGUUCAUCCCGACCAUCCGAUCUUUAGAUCAAACGGUGCUCAUGUCGUGUUGGCCACACCCCACCAAGGUAGAGAUUGCAAAGGAGGGUGUUAUAGUCAACAACGUGUUCAAAUUUUGGAUCAUCGCUAUAACGUGGUGAAUAAUGACAAGGGUCAAGAUCAGUGUCUUGAUCUCUCCCUGCAUUUGUGA